GGGUAUCUGACCUUGAUUUUUCCUAACCUAUGAAACCUGUGUGAAUCUGAAAUCACAAUUAAAAUCUAGAAUUCAAAUUAAAAUAUCUUUAUUUCGAAAAAAUGGGUGACUUAGCAAAACCACCCUUAUCUAAUGAAGAAGCUUUAGAAUUAUGCAAUCAAAAACCCGAAGAGACCAAGGAUUUUAUAAUGCAACAAACAAUGUAUCGCAUUAAAGAUCCAAGAGUAUCUUUACCAUUUUACACAGGGAUACUUGGAAUGAAACUCCUUACAAAGUUGGACUUUCCCGCUAUGACUUUUUCCCUCUACUUUCUUGGAUACGAAGAUAACACUCCUUUCGAACUAGGCACUAGCUCUCGAACCGAAUGGGCUUUAAGCAGAAAAGCCACCAUAGAACUCACACACAACUGGGGCACAGAGAAAGAUGAGAAUUUCGCUUACAACAAUGGCAAUACAGAUCCCAAAGGGUUUGGCCAUAUUGGUUUGAUGGUACCAGAUGUUUACAAAGCGUGUGAACGUUUUGAGAAGCUCGGAGUCAAGUUUGUGAAAAAACCAGAUGACGGGAAAAUGAAAGGUAUAGCUUUCAUUACAGAUCCGGAUGGAUAUUGGAUUGAAAUUCUUAAUAACAAGGUUACGACAGAUAUUGUAGCACAAUGCUCUUAGUUGUAGCACUAUUGUUAUUCAAAAAAAAUUAUAAAGAAUUUAUCAUGUGUUAACUGUCAUGGUGGCAAAUUACAAAAGUCCUUUUUUUACAUUUUUAUUGAGUUAUAAGAUUUUUUUAUUGAGUUAUUGAAAUUUCUUUCAAUAAUUCAAUAAAAAUCUCAUUUGUUUUGAACUUUUUGACACACAAUGUAUAGAAAUUUACAAAAUUUAAUUUUGAAAUAAAGAAUAUUUAUUAAAUA